UUCUUAUCGAACUCCCUUAAGUUUACCUUCAAAUAUCAUGAUAUGUAGAAAUACAGAUUUGCAUAUCUGCAAAUUAACAAAAAUAAUAAAAUUCUAAUUGUGGUUGAGAUCAAAUAUUUGCAGCUGCAAUCAAAAGGACGUGGUUUCACCUUCUGACCCGGAAAUGAGUCAUUGUAAUCACCUGGAAGUUCCUGUGCUGAUCAGGAUCUCCAUCUAGGUGGACGUGGCAAGGUCUCUCUUUAGCGAGGAGGAGGUGCUGCUGAUUUGCCGGCCAAUCCAAAGUCGUCUCAUGUUAGUGAAUGGGGGUGGAAUGAAUAUAAGGUGAAGCAGAACUCAGCCAAGUAGAAGGUUUACAGUCAAAGAGAACAAGAAGCAGCUGAAGGAUCCCAAUACUACAUCAUACCAGGUGGAUGAAAGAAGAAAUUGUGAAAGGGCUUCACAGCAAAGUAUGAUGGAUGGAGCAGGUGAAAAGCCAUUUUCUUACACUGAGUGUGACAAAUCUUUUAGCGCAAAAAUUAAUUUACUUAUUCAUCAGAGGACUCACACAGGGGAAAAGCCAUUUACAUGUUCAGAAUGUGACAAGAGCUUCUUACGAAAGGAUCAUCUUAUUAUUCAUUUGAAGACUCACACAGGGGAAAAGCCAUUUAUGUGUUCAGAAUGUGACAAGAGCUUCUCACGAAAGCAUCAUCUUAUUCAGCAUCUGAGGAUUCACACAGAAGAGAAGCCAUACCAUUGCUCUGAAUGUGAUCAAACGUUUUCUCACCCUAGUUCAUUCGCUGACCACAAGAUGAGUCACACAGGAGUGAAGCCAUACCCAUGUACUGAAUGUGACAAAUAUUUUUACAGAAAAUCAAAGCUCACAAGACAUCAGAGGAUUCACACAGGCGAGAAGCCUUUCAGAUGUUCAGAAUGUAACAAGUGCUUCUCAGAAAUAUCCAGUCUUUAUACACAUCAGGCGAUUCACACAGGAGAGAAGCCAUAUCAAUGCUCUGAAUGCAAUAAAUCUUUUAUCAAAACAGCUGAUUUUAUGAAACAUCAGAUGAUUCACACAGGAGAGAAGCCUUUCAGAUGUUCAGAAUGUUACAAGUGCUUCUCAGUAAUAUCCAGUCUUUAUAAACAUCAGAGGAUUCACACAGGAGAGAAGCCACAUCAAUGCCCUGAAUGUAAUAAAUGUUUUGGAAAUAAAUCAAACCUGAAAGCUCACCAAAAGGUCCACACGAAAGUCAAGUCUGACUCAACACCUGAAAAGACAUAUGGACUACGGAUUAAGAAGUAUCUGACAUUCAAGUUUAUGGUUGAAAAAUUAAGGAAAAGAUGGCUUGACACCUUAACCACUUUUUCCUUGGAACUAAUGGAGAUUAUUAUUGUGGCCAAAACCCAAGAGCUUGAGAAGUUACAGCAAGAGAUAACAGAUAUUCAGAAUGAAAUAACACCAUUACGAAAUAGAAGAAAUUGUGAAAGGGCUUUACACAAAAGUAUGAUGGAUGGAGCAGAUGAAAAGCCAUUUCCUAGCACUGAAUGUGACAAAUCCUUUACAGCAAAACAAUAUUUAAUUAAUCAUCAGAGGACUCACACGGGGGAAAAGCCAUUUAUGUGUUCAGAAUGUGACAAGAGCUUCUCACGAAAGGGUCAUCUUAUUCGGCAUCUGAGGAUUCACACAGGAGAGAAGCCAUAUCACUGUUCUGAAUGUGGUCAAAACUUUUCCCACCAAACUUCAUUGAUUGACCACAAGAUGAUUCACACUGGAGAAAAGCCAUACCAGUGUACUGAAUGUGACAAAUGUUUUUACAAAAAAUCAAAUCUCACAAGUCAUCAGAGGAUUCACACAGGAGAGAAGCCAUUUAGAUGUUCAGAAUGUAACAAGUCAUUCUCAAUGAUGUCCAGUCUUUAUACACAUCAGAGGAUUCACACAGGAGAGAAGCCUUUCAGAUGUUCUGAAUGUAAUAAAUGUUUUAGAAAUAAGUCAAAUCUGAUCGAACACCAGAGGAUCCACACAGGAGAGAAGCCAUUUAGAUGUUCAAAAUGUGCAAAAUGCUUCUCUUCAAAGUCCAAUCUGGAUCAACACUUGCAAAGACAUACAUAGAGAAGUAAUUUAGAUGUUUAGAAAGUGCUUAAUACAAAUAGAAAAAAAUAUUGUAAUCAGAAGACUUACAGAAAUGAAGUUGUGUCCUUGUUCUUAACCACUUGACCUCUGGAAGUUUUACCCUCCUCCGUGAC